UCUUUUAACGUACACCAAGCCAACACAACACAAACAGAUCUCUUCCAAACUUUUAAGAAGUUCAAAACUAAAAAACCUGGGAUUUUUAUUCUCUGCAGAGACAAGAAUGUCUAGAUUAACUCUGGGUAUAGUUCUGAUAAUCCUAGGAUUAAUGUUGGAAACAGACAUUGGGGAAUCAAUGAGAUUUGAGUUGGAGUCAGGGAACACAAAGUGCAUUUCAGAAGACAUCAAAGCAAAUGCAAUGAGUGUUGGUAAAUACAGCAUUGUCAAUCCAAACGAAGGUUACCCUUUGCCUGAUUCCCACCGACUCACUCUCAGGGUGACUUCACCUUAUGGGAACAAUAAUCACUAUGGAGAUCGUGUGGAUUCAGGUACUUUUGCGUUUACUGCAGUUGAGGGUGGUGAUUACACAGCUUGUUUUUGGGCAACCGACCACAAGCCUCCUGUAACGAUUACAAUUGAUUUUGAUUGGAAAACUGGUGUUGCUGCUAAGGAUUGGUCCAAGGUUGCCAGGAAAGGGCAGGUUGAAACAAUGAAACUUGAGUUGAAGAAAUUGUACGACACUGUCACGUCUAUUCAUGAAGAGAUGUUUUAUCUUCGUGAGAGGGAGGAAGAAAUGCAACAGCUUAAUAGAGAAACAAAUUCCAAAAUGGCUACUCUUAGUUUCUUUUCGCUUGUUGUUUGCUUGUCUGUGGCUGGGUUGCAGAUAUGGCAUCUAAAGGCAUUUUUUGAGAGGAAGAAGCUCCUGUAGUUUUGCUCUGUUCACCUUGUCACUCUGUUUGGAAGUCAUAGGCUUCUCAUUUGUGCCUUCAUUGUUAUCGCAGAGGCUAAAUUUAAUAGACUAACUUAUCAGUUAAGCUGGACUUGUAGUUUGCACAAGUUAACACUAGAACAUCGUCCUAUAUGCUCUAGUUUGAACUUUAUUUUUUAUUGAUUAAUUUGUUGAAUCAAGUUAUACUUUCUGACUAAUUUCUAAGUUGGAGGAAAUUUGUAUGGAAAAGCACAAGGAUUAUAUGAAAGAAGUGUCUGAUUAUGGUGCU